AUGCUCUCGGGAUCGCCGGCACUCUUGUCCAACGAGGUAAAUUUACAUAUUAUUUGUUUUACAUUACAUUAAACCUUAAAAUUGAUGUCUCUGAUAAGGAAAUUCCAAUAAUUUUAAAAUUUAAUGAAUUUCAAUGAUUGCUGAUAAUUGUUUUAAAGAUAAGACGAGAUUUAUUCGAAUUCACAAAUGGCCCAAGCACAUCGUCAUCACAAGAUAGGCUCGUAGCACCGUAUCUUGGCGCAUUUCCGGCAUUAGAAACACCGAUGUUGCACAUGUUAACACCCACUUCCCAGUCAGCUGCUCCAUUCUGGUUACCAGGAAUUAACGAACCUGUACAUAACGGUUUGUUACUUUGUUUUUUAAGAAAUUUUUAUUGAUACCUUUGUGAUAGCUACUAUUUUACGAUAGUUUAUUAUAGUAAUGUUAUGUUAUCGAUUAAGCACUGGUUUAUUUAUAGUAAUUUAUUGUAAAGUAAGCUUUUUUUUAUAAAUUGCAAAUCAUUUUCAAAAAUUGCAAAUCAUUUUCAUUUCAGAAAUUGUGCCAAACUUAGCACGACAACCUCCGCCUAUCCAGCUGAAAGAUCCUCCACCUCCACCCAAAGGAGUAUCGGCUGAAGAAGAGGAGGAAGAUACCAAGCCCAUACUACCCACCCCUUUCCCCUCUGUCAUGCCAUUCUUGAACUCUCCAGUUUUGAUGCCAUUACUUUUUGACCUUCAGAACAGCACAGGUCUUUCUCCUUUACUGUCGCCACACUUUCUACUACAACCUCUAUCAACAUUGUCACCAGCUUUGAGCAACAUAUCUAGUCACUUAAACUCAGGAAACGACCUCAUGUCAGCCAUCGGGUUACAGUCGAACUUUGUGGUGAAAGAGGAAACGACGCAGUCGAGUAUAUCUGAACAAGAUUCGCUGGAACGGCCGCUGGAUCUGACAGAAGAGAAUGUGAAGAAGCCGAAGAAACAUCGACGACAUUCGAAAGGUGUCCACAAGUGUCCUCAUGACGGAUGUGACAAGGCCUACAACAAGAGCUCCCACCUGAAGGCACACAUACGAACUCACAGUGGAGAGAAGCCGUUCGUGUGCGAUUGGGCCGACUGUGAUUGGCGAUUCGCCAGAAGCGACGAGUUGACACGGUAAAAUUUUAAAAUAGCGUAUCGUUGAAAAACAUCAAAUUGAAUAACGUUUUACUUAAGUCUUAUUACAGUCAUUACCGACGACAUACGGGUUAUCGGCCUUUCAAGUGUCCUCAUUGCCCUACGGCCACGAAAUUCGCCCGGUCGGAUCAUCUGCGUUCACAUGUUAAAAACAGACAUCCCGGUCUUCCAGCUACGGUUUAA